AUGGAGGAACGGCUCGGCCGGUGGCUGCUGCUGCCGCCGCUCCUGGCGCUCCUCUGCCUCUCGGUCCUCUACCAAUAUGCCGCCCCCGGCGGGGGCUGCCCCAGCGCGCCGCCGCCGCCCCCCGCCGCCUCCUCCUCGCCUUGCCGCUUCCCGGCGCCCGGCGCGCAGCGGCUGCCCCUGCCGCCCGAGGCGCCCCGCGCCGGGCUGCGCUGGCCGGGCCCCUGGCGGCGCGAGGGCUUCUCGUUCGGGCUGUGGGAGCUGUGCCGCCGCGUGCGCUUCGACAUGCGCGGCCGCGACGUGAUGGUCUUCCUGCACAUCCAGAAGACGGGCGGCACCACCUUCGGGCGCCACCUGGUGCGCAACAUCCGCCUGGAGCAGCCCUGCGAGUGCCGCGCCGGCCAGAAGAAGUGCGCCUGCCACCGGCCCGGCCGCGGCGCCGACAAGGGCGACACGUGGCUCUUCUCGCGCUUCUCCACCGGCUGGAGCUGCGGGCUGCACGCCGACUGGACCGAGCUCACCAGCUGCGUGCCCGCCGCCAUGGAGCGCCGCGGGGGCUGCCCCGCCAACCGCACCCUCCGGAACUUCUAUUACAUUACAAUGCUGAGGGACCCAGUGUCGCGUUACUUGAGUGAGUGGAAACACGUCCAAAGAGGUGCAACGUGGAAGACUUCCCUCCACAUGUGUGAUGGGAGGAGCCCCACACCAGAGGAGCUGCCUAUGUGUUACCUGGGAGAUGACUGGUCUGGGGUCAGCUUAGAGGAGUUCAUGAAUUGUAGCCAUAACCUGGCUAACAAUCGCCAGGUGCGCAUGCUGGCAGACCUCAGCCUGGUUGGGUGUUAUAAUUUGACCUUUAUGAAUGAGAGCGAAAGAAAUAUGAUCCUUCUACAAAGCGCCAAGAACAAUCUGAAAAACAUGGCCUUCUUUGGACUCACAGAGUUUCAGAGGAAAACUCAGUAUCUUUUUGAGAGGACAUUCAGCCUGGAGUUUAUCUCCCCUUUCACUCAGUACAACAUCACACGAGCCUCCAAUGUGGAUAUCAGUGAGUCAGUGCGGAAGCAUAUAGAAGAGCUGAACUUCCAGGAUAUGCAGCUGUAUGAAUUUGCUAAAGACUUAUUUCUGCAGCGCUUUCAAUAUGCCAAACAAGAAGAGCAUGAACAAAAUCGUCAAAAACGACGGGAGGAACGAAAAAUACUGCACGAGCAGAAGAGUCAUGAAUGGAAAAGGGAGGGAGAAGAAGAAACAGCUGUGACUGAAGAUUAUAACAGUCAGGUGGAACGGUGGUGA